CUCACCAUGUGUUCACUGUUCAGUACAAUGUAGAGAGAGAAAAAGAAGGUAGCUAACAGAAAGAGACCACAAAAAUAACCAUUGAGAGAGAGAGAGAGAGGAUGAAAGAGUACAGUGUGAGUAAACCUCAAUGUGAGCAUGCUUUUUAUUUGUCUGCUAUAAUCACCACUUUUUUUCUUUAACAAUCAUCACCACCACCUCCGUUAGCACCACCGACACCACCGGUCGCCGCCACAUUGUCUGGUUUGUUGAUGUGAUGAGAUGUGUUUAAUCUCAUUGUUGCUGAUGCGUUCCUGAGACAUUUUAUUUUCUUUUUGAGUUUUUGUUUUGGAGUGUUGGAUCUUUGUUCAGAGUAUGGGGAGUAUAUCUUCUGAUGAAGGCUCUGAUCAGCAGAGCGAGAGAUGUGGUAGUUAUAGUUUGAGUGCUGACGUUAGCGAAUCAGAGAGUUGUAGUAGUUUCUCGUGUCGGCGGUUUGAUGGUGAAGGUGCUUCUUGCUCUUUGACUUCGUCUCCUCGUCCUGCGGUAGCCUCCAGUUUCUGUUUUCAGUCUCCGGUGUUGCUGCCGGUGGUUGGAGGAAAGGACAUGAUGAUUUGGGACGUCAAGCCUGAGAAACGGGAGAUGGAUUUGUCUGAAGUUGAAAUGAUGAAGGAGAGAUUUGCUAAGCUUCUGUUGGGAGAGGACAUGUCUGGAGGUGGAAAAGGAGUCUGCAGUGCACUUGCCAUUUCAAAUGCCAUCACAAAUCUUUCUGCAACUGUGUUUGGUGAGCUGUGGAGGUUAGAGCCAUUGGCUCUACUAAAGAAAUCAAUGUGGCGCAGAGAAAUUGAAUGGCUCUUAUGUGUGAGUGAUUCAAUAGUUGAACUUGUUCCUUCAAUACAACAAUUUCCUGGUGGAGGCACCUAUGAGGUCAUGGCAACUCGACCACGAUCAGAUUUAUACGUGAAUCUCCCUGCACUGAAGAAGCUUGAUGCUAUGUUGAUUAGCAUGCUUGAUGGGUUUUGUGAAACAGAAUUCUGGUAUGUUGAUCGGGGAAUAAUUGUGGCUGAUGGUGGUGAUUGCGGUGCUUAUCCAUCAAGUAAUUCUAGUGGGCGACCUUCAAUUAGGCAGGAGGAGAAAUGGUGGUUGCCUUGUCCAAAAGUACCAUCAAAUGGGUUGUCUAAGGAUGCCAGGAAAAGGUUGCAGCAGUGCAGGGAUUGCACAAACCAGAUCUUAAAGGCAGCCAUGGCAAUCAAUAGUACUGUGCUUGCUGAGAUGGAGAUACCUAGUGUAUACUUAGAGAGCUUACCUAAGAGUGGAAAAGCUUGCCUCGGAGAUAUCAUCUACCGCUACAUAACUGCUGAGCAGUUCAAGCCGGAAUGUCUUCUUGAUUGCCUAGACCUCUCAACUGAGCAUCACACUCUGGAAAUAGCUAACAGGAUUGAGGCAGCAGUGCAUGUCUGGAAGCAGAAAGACAAUAAAAAGCUGACACGUCACUUGAAAGCUAGCCAUUCAUCAUGGGGUGGCAAGGUCAAGGGCCUUGUUGCUGACACCAAAAAGAAUCAUUUUCUGGCCCAACGAGCUGAGACACUCUUACAAAGCCUAAGGAUCCGUUUUCCUGGCCUUCCACAGACAGCAUUGGAUAUGAACAAGAUUCAAUAUAACAAGGAUGUUGGACAGUCCAUUCUUGAAAGCUACUCGAGAGUAAUGGAGAGCUUGGCCUUCAACAUUAUGGCGAGGAUAGAUGAUGUUCUUUAUGUAGAUGACGCCACCAAGUCUGCUGCAGCAGAAUCAAUGUCCCUAUUCAAUAGGAACGGUUUGGGUGGUAUUCCAAUCCAGAAGCGAAUGUCUCCUAGCCCCUUCUCCAUCCAACACAGCCCCUUUGCCUCUCCAUUUGCAACCCCAACGUUUUGUUCUUCCACUCCAGUGGGUGGAAGCCCAGGAAGGGUACCAUCCUCUUUUAGAAAGAACAAUGCUAAGGAAGCAUCUGAUCAGAAAUUGGAGAAACCAUGCCCAGCUGAGUUUGAGAAGGUUUGGUCAUACACCGGCAACCUAAGUGCAAGAAGAGUUUCUGGAGAUGCCCCUGAACGAGAUUGACUUUUCAAAGAAGUCACCAUCUCAAACUAGGCCUAGUCUCAUAGAUUUGCCAUGUACCUUAUGGCUGUCGGGCCUUAGACUUGGUAUCUAACGUUGUAUAUUCUUUAGCAAUAGAAGAUCAAAUAUCAAAUUCUAAAGUUUUGAUCA